GAGAGUUUAUAAACUUUGUCAAGUUCAUUGGGCGUCUUUAGACUUGCCUAAUCUUCUGUCUGACCCUGGCACAGGACCCUGUCUGGACGCUGAAGGAAAUAUGAAGACACAGUUUGCGAUUGUGCUGCAUCUGCUCGUGAUUUACUACGCGAAAAUGAUGCUGACGCACGAGGACCGCGGCACACAGAAAGCCAGGAGGCGUGAGCGGUGGGAGAGGGCCCUCCGGUCAGCCUCCAGUCUGGAGGAGCUGCUGAAGCUCUCGGACUUCCCCGACUGGAAGCUGUGGAAGCCGCGGCAGAAGCCGAGGCACCUGGAGCCGGCCCUCAGACGCGAUUCGCCCCGCGGGGCCCUCCUCGGCACCCACCGCUCCACCCGCUUCGCUGCUGCCUCCUCCAACCGUGACGCCUCCCAGGAGAUCACCCACGAGAUCUUCCAAGCUAUUGACGAGGAGUGGCAGAAGACCCAGUGCAUGCCCAGGGAGACGUGUGUGGACGUGGCCAAGGAGCUGGGCACCAACCCGGACGUUUUCUUCAAGCCGCCCUGCGUCUCCGUCUUCCGGUGCAGCGGCUGCUGCAACAGCGAGGCCGUCACCUGCCGGAACACGAGCACGACCUACGUCAACAAAACACUCUUCUCAGUGAUUCCGUAUAAAUACAAGACCGAGCCGGUGCUGAUGCGGGUGGCCAAUCACACGAAGUGCGACUGCCUGGAGCCUGCUCUGAUUCGCCGCCAUGCCCCCCAGCACAGAAGCGGGUGUUUCCCAGCACAGUGGCCCUGGGACUCGGAGGACUCCCACACCCUGUGCCUGAGGGGGCAGAUCUGGGACUGUGCCAUGGACCAGUGCGUUCCCUACCCGUCCCGGCAUCAGGGUGAGUUACUCAGACCCCUCCAUCGGUGUGACUUAAACUCCAGCGUUUGUGCCAUGAAAAGCAGACGUGUGGACCAAAUCUCCUGCAGCUGCAAGUGAAAGCACCUUAAUCUACACACAGCCAUUUUUCAAGACACGAUGGAGGACUCGGGAGGCAUAAAAAUGCUCUUAAUUUAUUAAUACUUAUUUAUGUUACUUCACAUAUUGCUAUAACUCAUCUCCUACAACCAUGUUAAAUGUUCUAACAUGUGCAUUUGUUACUUGUGCUGUUACGCAAAGGCCUUAACCACUGUCUUGUAUGCACUGAACAAGCAUGUAUUGUACUUUUUAAAAGAAUAUUUUUUUAUCAUUUGUAACACUGAUCGAUAAUUAUUUAAAUGUAAAUACAAAUUAUUCAAAUCAUUAUUUUUUUCCUAUUUUUUUUGUUCAUUGAUACAACAUACUGUGAAUGAAAUGGGCUGUGAAUAAAAUGUCAAUAUGUCCAGCAUUGGACAUACCUGGAUUAAGGUUAAAAAAAUAACAAGUUGCCCCACAAUACAGUUUGUACAGACAAGCUUGUACAGAGAUGUUAUGCCAUUUCAUUUUAUAACUGCAACAUCUGUCAUAACAUUUACCAAUAAAAGUGAGUUUUAUGUCA